UGACGUCAGAGUUUGUCUUCGUGAAUUUCUCGAAGGGAAGAGGCGCAGUGGGGGAAAAAACAAGAUGGCAACGGGCUCAGAUCACGGGCUGAAAAGAAUAGUUUGGAAAAGAAUACAGGACACAAUUAUUACAGACUGCAGAAACUCUGAAGUAUGGAAGAUAUUGAUUCUGGAUCCCUUCACCACCAAGCUCCUCUCGUCAUGCUGCAAAAUGUCCGAUCUGAUGUCAGAGAAGAUAACAAUUGUGGAGGACCUGUUCAAAAGCAGAGAGCCUGUUCUCGAAAUGAAGGCCAUUUACUUUAUGACACCUACUGCUAAGUGUGUGGAUGCCUUUAUAAAGGAUUUCAAGCCCAAACCCAAAUACAAAGCUGCGUACGUCUAUUUCACUGACUACUGCCCUGAUGAACUGUUCAACAAAAUGAGGCAAGCCUGUGGAAAACACAUAAGGGUCUGCAAGGAAAUAAACAUCUCUUUCAUGCCUCAGGAAGCACAAGUUUUCACCUGCGAUAAUCCCGGGGCUUUCCGAAGCAUCUACAGCCCCAAGAGUCAGGACAAAAUGAAGACACUGGAGACACUGGCAGACCAGCUCGUUACGCUCUGUGCCACAUUAGACGAGUACCCAGGGAUCCGAUACAAGAAAGAUGGCAACAUGGAGAAUGCCAAACUCCUUGCAGAGCUGGUGGACCGGAAGCUGGCCACACACUACCAGCUGGAUGACAGUGGCAAGAAAAAGGAGAAGACCCAAGCCCAGUUGCUAAUAGUCGACAGAGGCUUUGAUCCUGUGACCCCCAUCCUGCACGAGCUGACCUACCAGGCCAUGGCCUACGAUCUCAUUGAUAUAGAAAACGAUACCUAUAAGUACAAGGCUAGAGACGGCUUAGAGAAGCAGGCCCUGCUGAAUGAGGAUGACAUGCUCUGGGUGAAGCUGAGGCACCAGCACAUCGCAGAGGUUUCAGCGCAAAUUCCCAAGAUGGUGAAGGAGAUAUCUGCUAGCAAGAAACAGCCAGAUGGGAAGAUCACAAUUAGCAAUUUGGCUCAAAUGAUGAAGAAGAUGCCUGCGUUCCGUAAACAGAUGACAGAGAAAACGAUUCAUCUGCAGCUGGCUGAGGACUGCAUGAAACAUUUCGCAAACAAUGUGGAGAAACUCUGCAAAGCUGAACAGGACCUUGCAGUAGGCGCCGAUGUGGAUGGGUUAAAGGUGAAAGAUCCCAUGAGGACUCUGCUGCCUGUGCUGCUGAACCCAUACAGUAAACAUGACAAGAUCAGAGCUGUGCUGCUCUACAUCUUCAGCCUGAACGGGACAACCGAGGAAAACUUAAACAAACUUAUUGAGCAUGUAAAGAUCGAGGGAGAACCGGAGUAUAUCCUGAACUGGAAAGAGCUGGGUGUGCCCAUCAUCAUAACGGAUGUCGUGGAGAACAAACUGGACACCAAAGAGUGGCCGCACCAGUCCGAGUGUCCUGCUGCCUGGAAUGGCUCCGGGGCUGUGAGCGCACGGCAGAAGCACAGAGGCAGCACUCAGGAUGAUGUUAAAGUUCUGCUUUCACUGCGGUCGGUCCGUGUCCAUGAAUCUGACACCAGACAGGUGCUGCAACAAGGUCUCCUACUGCUCCAGGACCUGCAAGCUCAACUCCUGGGAAGAAUGAGUGCGUCCGGGUGUCAGAUGGGAGUCAGAGACCCUCCACCCAACGCAUCUGUUGACAGUGCCCAGAAAAAUGAUGUAUCAAAGAAGUCCCAGGGCUUUGUCUGCCAUCUUGAAAUCCAAAAAAGCCCCCAGAGUGUCCAGUUCGAAUCCCAGAGAGAACUAAAGCUGUUGAGCAAGGCAGAGAAAAAGUUCUAG